GUUGAGUGCUUUAAUUGUACAUGUCACUUAUUUUAGUUGUAAAUAGCUGUAUUUAUACCAAAUGUUGUAAUGUAUUAGGUCUUGUACCUUAUUCAAGCGUAAGAAAACGGAUGACCUUUUGUGGUUUGGUCAAUUUUAUUGUAGUGUAGUUCUCACUUAAGCUGGUAUAAUAAUGCAAUGUAAAACAGCUAUAUUAUAUCUUACAGUUUUGUAGUUUCACCAAUCCGUAACUGUAAUAUUAGUAGUAAUUCGGGAAAAGAUAAUUGUACCGGUAUUGGCUGUAUAAAUAUAAGGUGAAACAGCAAAGCAAAUUUUCUCUGUCUGUAUGAUGUAUACGUCAUGUGUGUCUGUGUGUGUGUACCAGUGAGAUUUAAAGAACAUUUUGGGGCCAAAAUUUUCACUGGGCGAAAAUAUAACCCCACAUUAUAGUUAAGAGGGAGAUUAGUUAAUAUCGGUUAAAGGUGUCAGUGCCAAGCCUUGAACCAAGUACCAUUUGGUUACAAUGCAAGCACCUGGCCACUGAGCCAAGGUUAGGGGUUAGUCAUCAACAAAUAAAGCAGCGGCUGGUUUCUUCACUAACAACCACUAUUAAUUUCAUGUGUCCUGUAUUAUAGGAAUAUAACACAAUGUCUGUCACUUUACAUACCGAUCUUGGGGAUAUAAAGAUGGAAUUAAACUGCGAACAAACCCCAAAAGCUGCCGAAAACUUUCUCGCUCUGUGCGCAAGUGGUUACUAUGACGACAAUAUAUUCCAUAGAAAUAUCAAAGGGUUUAUGGUUCAGACUGGAGACCCAUCAGGGACGGGGAAAAAAGGGACGAGCAUCUGGAAGCAGCAUUUCGAUGAUGAAAUAGUGGAUUCGUUACGCCACAACGCACGUGGUGUGGUCUCUAUGGCUAACAGCGGGCCUAACACCAACGGGUCGCAAUUUUUUAUCACCUACGGCAAACAACCGCAUAUUGAUAUGAAGUAUACCAUAUUUGGUCGUGUAAUUGACGGAAACGAAGUUUUAGACGAUCUCGAAAAAGUCCCGGUGAACGAGAAAACGUAUCGGCCGCUACGUGACGUUAAAAUCCAGCGAGUUACCAUUCAUGCGAAUCCUAUUGCUGAUGCAGCACAAUAACAACUUGUGAUGCAACAAUAGCCAUUGUUAUUUUGCUGACUUGCGAAAAUUAGGAGAUUGUUGUGACUUGUGAUCGUUACUUCCUUUUAGUGGAGCCAGGCAGCUUUGUAUUUCCAGUAGUCCAAUCAUAUGUUAACUAAGUGACUUAUAUUAUAAAUGGAUAUACUGACUAUAGGCAUAAUGUCAGGGGGCAACCACGUCCCAGUUUUAAUAA